AAAAAAAAAAAAAAAAAAAAAAGCUCCACCAGCGGACUGUUUCAAGUUCCCCCCGGCUGAAACCCUGCCUGAUUUGUGGGCAAUGUUGGGGAUGUAGAAAAAAAAAAAAAAAAAAAAAAAAAAAGGAAACCGGAGCAAAGAGAGAGCAAGGGAGAAAUAGGGAGACAACACUAACUGGGUAGCUAUGGAGAUAGUAGGUUUUCCUGGUAGCUUUCUUUGACAGGUGUCGAGUGGGAUAAAACAAAGUGUCAGAACAGCCUCCCAAGAUGUACGGCAAGGGCAAAGGAGCUGUGGUCCCCUCCGAUAGCCAAGCAAGAGAAAAGUUGGCGUUAUAUGUAUACGAGUACCUGCUACAUGUGGGAGCACAGAAGUCCGCACAGACCUUCCUGUCUGAGAUUCGAUGGGAGAAGAAUAUUACAUUAGGGGAGCCCCCUGGAUUCCUCCAUUCGUGGUGGUGUGUAUUCUGGGAUUUGUAUUGUGCGGCUCCAGACCGAAGGGAGACAUGCGAGCACUCCAGUGAGGCCAAGGCCUUCCAUGACUAUAGCGCAGCAGCAGCGCCCAGCCCAGUGAUGGGCAACAUGCCCCCGAAUGACGCCAUGCCAGGCGGUCCCAUGCCCCCAGGCUUCUUCCAGGGACCACCCGGCUCUCAGCAGUCCCCCCACGCACAGCCCCCCCCACACAACCCCAGCAACCCAAUGAUGGGACCCCAUGGCCAGCCUUUCAUGUCACCACGGUAUCCAGGUGGACCACGCCCCUCACUCCGAAUGCCAAAUCAGCCUCCGGGAGGAAUCCCUGGAUCUCAGCCUCUCCUGCCAAACAGUUUGGACCCGACAAGACCGCAAGGACAUCCUAACAUGGGUGGACCAAUGAGAAUGAACCCUCCUCGAGGAAUGGCCAUGGGCCCACAGAACUACGGAGGAAUGAGGCCUCCCCCCAACUCCAUGGGCGGCCCCAUGCCAGGAAUGAACAUGGGUCCCGGAGGAAGAGGGCCUUGGCCAGGACCUAAUGCUAACUCUAUAGCCUACUCCUCCUCAUCUCCAGGGAACUACGUGGGUCCUCCAGGCGGAGGAGGUCCACCUGGAACUCCCAUCAUGCCCAGCCCAGAUUCGACUAACUCCAGUGAAAACAUCUAUACAAUGAUGAAUCCUAUCGGACCGGGAGGCAACAGACCCAGUUUCCCUAUGGGACCUGGGCCUGAAGGGCCAAUGGGAGCAAUGGGAGCCAUGGAGCCACACCACAUGAACGGAUCACUAGGGUCUGGGGAUAUGGAUGGGUUGCCAAAGAGCUCUCCUAAUAACAUGGGGGGCAUGAACAACCCUCCUGGAACGCCGCGAGAUGACGGCGAAAUGGGCGGGAACUUCUUGAACCCAUUCCAAAGCGAAAGUACCUCUGGGACAGCCCUUGAGCAUGCUGGGACUCUAAUUAAGACGGGCCCUCCUGGAGCAUGCAAGAUGGCCGCCGGUCUGAAUAGGAAGCAGAGCAACAGGAAGAGCCUCCUCUCUGACUCCGGCCCCGGCCUCCCUGGCUUCCUGUCAGGUUCUAGACAAUGAGCGGGGGAAGGAGGACAAACAGAGAGAACGAGGGAGAGGAGACUGGGUAACACAGCCCUCCCCCUGAGGGGAACACUGUUGGGUCUGUUAGCAGCUGCCUGGAAGCUUCUCAACCACCACUUUGGACUUUUUAAACACUUUUUAUCGUCAUUUUUUUGUUGCUGUUCCUCCCCGAUGGAUUCAGUUGAGGGUCGGAAUGAAACGACCCCCUUUUUGCCCCUCCACAUUGUUCUCUCUGUGUGUACAUUUUUAACAGAGGUGUUGUGAUGAUCAGUGAACUUUUUUUUCCUUUUUUUUUGUGUAUGUAUUGUAUCAUUGCUAUUUUUAUUAUUGUAUUAUUGUUAUUAAUGAUAUUGUUAUGAUCAUUUUUAAGAUUAGGUUCUAAUUCUGUUGUUUCUUAAGGGCACAUUAUUAUGAUGAAGACAGCAUUAUGUGCACACAAAUCAGAAAUUAUUUGCUGUGUAACAUGUGGCUCCAUGUGAGCACACUGCCCCCUGCUGGUGAGAGUUUCUCCAUCAAGGUACUGAUUGGCCCUUUUUUUUUAAGGAAAAAAAAGACAAAUAAUCUUUCUCCGUGUUUUUAGCAGCCAUUUAAAAAUUUAGCUUCUUCCUCAGUAAUCCAAACAAGAAGAAGAAGAAGAAGCGGCUCCUGUUUUUAGUAGCUUCCAAGCAGUGAAAUGCACAGCUCUAUUUAUUUAUGUUCUUUAAAUUUGUCUUAUGAAUCAUUGUUACUUUUUUUUAAAGUGUUAUCCCUUUUUUUUUUUUUUUUUUGUUAACUGCAGAACUAGUAGCAACUGUGUAAAUAUGCAGAUCCAGUCAGCAGCGUCUCCUCUCCGUCUGACGUCAUUAAGCCCCUCCAUCCGAGCCCUAAAGGUGCUUUAAAGUGUCGACCACUGGUAACACUUCAUAAUCACAUCAGUCAAAGGUCCCAUAUGUAAUACUUUCAUUUCGGGCAUGUUCUCGAAAAUGAUUACAUGCUUUAUAAUAUUCAAAAACACAUAAUUCUUCAUAUACUAUUCAUUGCUGCAGCGCCCGUUUUAGUGCCUGUCUCUUUAAGGCACCCCUCAAAAAAAAAAGAAAGCCUGUUCUGAUUGGUCAGCUGUCACAGGCCUGAGCCCACUGUGUUUCUGCACCAGCUCUGCAAGUCUUUAUGCAACCACGCCUGUACUGAGGAGAAUCCCUGAGGACGGCGAUUGUAUAGUUGUGACAUCACAACGUAACAGAAGUCCUUACGGCGCGUUUUAAAGGCACAGUCGCUAAAUAUACUCUGUGUGUUUCUCUGUGGGCUGAACAUUCAGAUACUUACAUAAAAUCUAGACCCACUCUAUGAAACGUCACAUUCUACAAUAUGGGACUUUUUAAUUAAACUUCAGUUAAUAGUUAUUUCACUUUUGUCAAACAAUUAUAUGCAUUAUAAUCCAUUUAUCAGGCAUUUUUUAUUCUAAAGUUGCAGCUGAUAUUACUUUGUUAAAGGAUAAUAAACGCUGUAGUUCAUCUAUAAACAUUAUUUGGAUGAUCUGUGCAGCUUCCAGUCAUAUUAGCUGACACUUCAAUAGGUUACUCUGCGACACUGCACAUAGAAAUUUGUUGACACAGAGUCAAAAUUCUUUUUUCUUCAUAAUCUAUUGAUCAUUUUAAUGUUUAGUAAACACAUUUUACAUAUUACAUCUUUUAUUAAAUGGUUUAUAAAGCAUUUUGUUUUGCUAACAGUGAGAUAACUAUUAACUAAAGUUUAAUUAACAUUUACCAUUUAUUUAUGAUAGUUAUUAUGAAAUGUUACCCGACCAUUUUGACCACACUCAUGCUGCUUCCACUAUCAGGUUACUGUCACUCUCAGCAUCGUCUCUGCUGACCUGUUAUGAAACACUUUAUGUUUGCUGAUGACUCCUAAACACACUGUGAUGUAUGUCUGUGCUUUUUAUGGGAAUUUGCUUUCACACGACGGUCAGUUCUAGCUUGCAGACAAUUUUUUUUUGUUGUCGUUGUUUUCAACACACACACACACACACACACACACACACACACACACACACACACAGCGCUCCUUCUGGUGAAAGGACUUCUGGCGCUCUGCUGAUAGGAUCCCUGGUGUUUUUUAAUGGCGGAGCGAAGCGUUUGCUCUGUUGACUGUAGCGAGUGGCCUCCCUCCCUUUGCUCGCCUUGGAAGAAAAAGACCUCCGUCCUGCUUUCUCCCCCCUUUUUCUCACCUCUCCGACGGGCCAGCAUCGACAGUCUCACACACACACACACACACACACACACACACACACAACCCUCUGUUUUUUUGUUUUUUUUUGUACAACUCUCUCCAUCUUCUUGAUUUUGAUUUUUUUUGUAAAUACUGUAAAAUGCAUUUUGAUAUCAUUGACAUGUUUUGAUAUUUUCAAAUCACGACAACAGUUGAUCAGAAAAACGCGCUGAUUCGGGGCAACUGUGCGUGCGUGUUUGUUCAGAUGGUGUGUCUUUUACUCAGAAUAUGAUAUGAAUGAUGAGAAACAGAAACUGGAGCUGCUAUAGACUAUAAUGCUAUUUCUUCUCAUCACAGACAAACUUUGGGGGGCUUUUACUUGUGCAUCAGAGCUGUAUGAGCGGACGAGGGAGGAAAAACUCCCUGAAGUGUGUUUGAACACUUUUUUUUCCCGCUAACUCACUGUCACACACAUUUCCUUGAAAAAAUCUUUAAAAACGUGAUUCUCGUCCAGAAGCCCUCCGUCCUCUUGGAAAACUUGGAGAAAAAAAAAUUGGAGUGAGGUGGCCCCAACAAAAAAAAACAACAACCAAACAAGCCGCUUAAAAAUUUUCAUUUUUUUUGACAAGGAAUUUGCAGGAAACAGAGCAGGAAAAAAAAGAAAGAGGCCAGUUUUUCACAAUAAAACUGCAUUUCAUCUUCCACCCCCUCCCCGGGCACACAGGACACUGUCUCUCAAUCCAACACACCAGGGACCAGAGGACAGACUUUACUAUGAAGGAUUUCUUUUUUUCUUUUUCUUUUUUCUUUUUGUUAAUCUAUUUAAAAAUGGGGCGGGAGAAAUGUUUUUUUGGGAAAGUAAAGAGAGAAAAAAUAAACGGACAGAUUAGUUUGCUGAGAGGAGGUAGAGAGAGAGAGAGAGAGUGAGUGCGGGAUCGGGCGUUUCCUCCCCUGUACUUUGAAGUACUGUUGUAUAAAAUGCAGUCGAACUUCUCUCUAUCUUUCUGUCCUGUAAGUAAAGCCGUCACAACGUUGAUCAUUUCUGUAUUUCUAUUGUGCUGAUGUAUAAUACUGUAACAUUCAGGGGCAGGGAGGGUUGAGAGAGGAAUUUUUUUUUUUUUUUUUUUUUGAGAGGAGUAAAGGUUUUUUCCUGUUGAUUUGCUCAUUUUUUAAAUUUUUUUUUUUUUUUUUUUUCCUCUUGAUGACAAAGCAGUAUUGAAUAUGAGGCAGUCUGUCCUUGGGGAGUUGCUUUGUAUCUCAUGUUAGGGUAGUUUCAGAUCCUAAAUGUCUCGUGUAGUAAAAAUAAGAGGUUCCUUCUUCGUAUGUUUCUUUAUAUUGUAAAGUUUCUUUAGACAAAAAAAUGUUGCUUAUUGGAAAAAAAAGGUGGGAAAACUGCAUUGAUAAUAAAUGUAAUUUUUUUUUUCUUUUCAGUUUUGUUUUAAUUUUCAUCAAGUUGUCAGUCGUUUUUGCCUGUGUCCCCCUUGUUGUAGAUACAUAUUAAAAACAAAUAAAAUGACUUCACUCCUUUU